AUGACCAUCCAACCUCUCGCAACCGAAAACAUCAUCAUCCGUGGGCAUCGCAUCGCAUAUGGGACCUACGGCGCUGGAGAACCGAUUGUGUUUGUUCACGGAACACCAUCAUCUUCGCUGAUAUGGCGCCACAUCACCCCGCGAUUGGUGUCUGCGGGGUUUAAAGUACACGUCUUUGAUCUUCUAGGCUAUGGUUUGUCGGAAAGACCAUGGGAUCCCGAAGUCGACACAUCCAUUUCUGGCCAAGUACCCGUCCUCCAGGGUCUGUUGGAUCAUUGGGGUUUGAAGAAAUUUCAUCUGGUGGCGCACGAUAUUGGCGGCGCGGUUGCACAGCGAUUCGCCAUCUUCUUCCCCCAAUUCAUCCAGUCUCUAACCAUGAUCGACGUCGUCAGCUUUGACAGCUACCCCUCGGCACGCACCAAACAGCAAAUGCUCAACGGGAUAGAGCAGCUGAUAAAGACCAAUGAUAGUGACCAUCGCGCCCAUUUCAGAGAUUGGCUCCUCUCCGCCGUCUAUCAUAAACAACGCUUCAUCGAUUCAAGCCUCGACCCAUACCUCGAAUACAUCUCCGGACCCGUGGGUCAACCCAGUCUCUUCUUCCAUCAGGUGCGUCAUUACGAUUCAAAACAUACCAUGGAAGUCGCUCCUCGCUACCAUGAACUCGGCAAUCGACCUGUCAAGUUGAUAUGGGGUCGUGAUGAUGCAUGGCAAACCCUGGUUUGGGCAGAUAAAUUGAACAAGGCCAUCCCUGGGUCAGAGUUGGAUAUUAUUGACGAAUGUGGUCACUUUUCUCCAGAGGAUCAGCCGGAUAAGAUUGCCGAUUUGCUGCUGGAGUUUUGGAAGAGAUAUUCAUGA